CAUGGACAUAAGAUCUCAUGCAAGAUGCCUUAUGAUUGAUGACCGUGAAGGAAUACGAAUCUGUUCUUAAUCUUGGCUACCAAGGUUGAUAAUGUUAUUAGAUGCAGCAACAGCUCAGGGUUAGUUUGAGUGAAAUUCGGAGACGAUCGUACUGGUACUUCGCACACGAGUCAGUCAGCCUUAGCGCUAGUGGCGCCCGCCGUUAUCGAUUGUGCCCCACCCCUCUUCACGCAGACUGGAGUCCGUCUCUCGACCGAGCGCAUCGAAAAAGGCAAGAUGGCCCAAAUAAUAGACUCUUUGCGGCACCAGAUAGCGGCUCAUGAAGUUGCUCUUCAGGAUCUACGGCAACAGCUUGCAGAGGCAGAACAUAACCAACAGCAACAAGAGAAGGUUCUGCGUCAGAAACCAAAGCUUUCGAAUGACCCUUUGGAUCAUGACAUGAAUUUUGGUGUCCCAGACGAUUUCCGAUCAGAGGUUUUUGCGAUACUGGAUCAGGGGCCUCUAGUAGCAGAAAACAAUACAAUUGAAGGAAGGCGAUGGCCGCUCACGCCCAACGAGUACAGGAGAUAUGGUAGGCAAUUAAUUAUGCCAGAGAUUGGAUUGCAGGGCCAGCUGAAGUUGAGAAAAGCUAGAGUGCUGAUUGUAGGUAUGGGCGGUCUCGGAUGUCCAGCUGCGACCUACCUAGCAGGUGCAGGAGUUGGUACCCUUGGAUUAAUAGAUGGGGAUGUAGUCGAAGAGUCCAACCUGCAUCGUCAAAUACUACACUCCACAGCAAGGGUGGGCAUGACCAAGGUGGAAAGUGCUAUGGUCGCAUUGAGCUCGCUGAACCCAAAUGUCGAACUUCUGCCUCACACAUCCCGUCUUACUCCAGACAGCGCUCUUGCGACUUUCAGAGAUUACGACCUUGUUCUCGACUGCACGGACAACCCGGCGUCACGUUAUCUCAUCUCAGACACUUGUGUUCUACUUGGCAAGACGCUCGUAUCAGCAUCCGCAUUACGAAUCGAUGGCCAGCUGAUGGUGUUGAACAACCCGCCUUUGCCAGCAGGCGACACCAAAGGUGGACCUUGCUAUCGAUGCAUAUUUCCUAAACCACCUCCGCCUGAAUCGGUCGUAUCCUGUGGAGAUGGAGGUAUUCUGGGCCCUGUCGUGGGUGUCAUGGGUGUACUUCAAGCUCUGGAGGCGAUCAAAGUUCUGACACAGGAGCUCUACACAACAACAACAGGAUCGAUAGAACCACCGAGUCUGCUGCUAUUUUCUGCAUACUCCAGUCCGAUUUUUCGGUCGAUUCGCUUGCGUGCACGUAAGCCAAAGUGUAUAGCGUGCUCGGCGCACUCGACGAUCACAACUGAGGCGCUCAACUCGGGAAGUCUAGACUACGUACAGUUUUGUGGAAGUAUCAAGCCCACCAACAUACUCACUCCACAAGAACGUAUUUCUGCUGAGAGUUACGCGAAGCUCCGCUCAGGAGUCAAUCCAUUCACAGGCACCGUGUCGAGGAAGGACAGCCACAUUCUCAUCGACACUAGGGAAAGAGUCCAAUUCGAGCUUUGCAACAUUGACGGAAGCCGAAACAUACCAUUUUCAGAAGUUUCUAUGGCACCCGCCAAUAACGUCAAUGGCAAUUAUUAUUCAAUGGAUAUCGAGGAGCCGUUGUGGAUAGAAGAGCUUAGGCAGCAACCUGAAAAACCCAUCUUCGUGGUUUGUCGCCUUGGGAACGAUUCGCAAGUGACCGUGAAGAAGCUGAAACAGCUGGGGCUGGACUGUGGUGGGAAGAGAUUUAUCGGAGAUAUACGAGGUGGACUAAGAGCUUGGAAAGCAACGGUUGACGGUGACUUUCCGGAAUACUGAAUACCUCUUCAUUGAGCCUACCUCCAGAUGUGGAGUGGUUGCAGGUGACUGUGGUUUAGAUCCAAUCUUAGAUUUCGCGUGCAAAUCUUACAUCUUGCACCUUGCAUCAGAGCAGAACUUACAGUUGCUCCAUGUACCAAGACAUCGUCAGGGAGCGACUCCUGACGACCCAUGAAAUCUCCGGUCAUCUUCUUUGAGCGUUCCUGAAAGUUAUCCGUGAU